CUAACCAGGAGGAGACAUGUUAUUUCACCUUUGUGUCACACUGAAUUUCUUCUCUCUGACAAAAGCAACAAAGAAUCAGCCUUCAGUGAACAACGAAGAGAAAGAUUUUGAAGAGGUUUAGUGAUUCUCGUGAUUUUUCAUUUUUGCAAGUCAUUCAGAAGGUGAAAGUAAAGGUUGCUGGAGCUCAAACAGUGAAAAUGGCUUCAUCAGCUGAAUGUGACUAUAUUUGUCCUGUGUGCUGUGAAAUCUUCAAGACUCCUGUUCUUUUAUCAUGUAGUCACAGUUUCUGUAAAGAGUGUCUUCAACAGUUCUGGGGAACCAAGAAAACUCAGGAGUGUCCUGUCUGCAGUAGAAGAUCUUCAAAAGAUCUUCCUCCAGAAAAUAUGGCGUUACAAAACUUGUGUGAGUCGUUCCUGAAGGACAGAAAUGAGAGGCAUUCAUCAGGAUCUGAGGGGAUCUGCAGUUUACACAGUGAGAAACUCGAACUCUUGUGUCUGGAGGACAGACAGCCUGCGUGUGUCGUGUGCAGAGAUUCACAAAAAGAUGUCAAUCACACAUUUAGACCAAUAAGUGAAGUGGUUUCAUCAUAUAAGGAGGAGAUCAAUACAGCACUGGAGUCAUUGAAGGAGAAAUUUAAAAAGACAGGAAACGUAGAAGAAGAGUUUGAGAAAACAGUUCAACACAUCAAGUCUCAAGCUGAGCACACAGAGCGUCAGAUUAAACAGCAGUUUGAGAAGCUUCAUCAGUUUCUCAGAGAUGAAGAAGAAACUACAAUAACUGCACUGAGAGAGGAAGAGGAGCAAAAGAAGCAGAUGAUGAAGGAGAAGCUGGAGGAGAUGAACAGACACAUCUCAGCUCUUUCACACACAAUCAAAGACACGGAGGAGAUGAUGAAAGCCAGUGACGUCUGCUUUCUGAAGGAGUUUUCAGUCACGAUGGAAAGAGUCCAGAUCUCAUCACAUCUGGAUCCACAGAUGCCUUCUGGAGCUUUGAUUGACAUGCCACGAUACUUGGGCAACCUGCCUUUCAGAGUCUGGAAGAAGAUGCAGGACAUCGUCCAAAACACUCCUGUGAUUCUGGAUCCAAACACGGCUCAUCCAGAUCUCGCUCUGUCUGAUGAUCUGACCAGUGUGAGCUGGAGCAAGACCAAUUACCUGCUUCCAGAUAAUCCAGAGAGAUUCAACGGGUUUCUCUGUGUUCUGGGAUCAGAGGGUUUUAACUCAGGAACACACUGCUGGGAUGUGGAAGUUAAAGAGUGUCGAUGGUGGAUUGCUGGAGUAACUACAGCAUCAAACCCGAGGAAGCAAUAUGAUUUCUUUAACACUGAUGUCUGGAGUGUGAGGCAGGGAAUGCUUGAGCCGUUUGGUUUUCUUGUUGAACAGGAAGUUGAGCAUGUGAGAGUUGAUCUGGACUAUGACAGAGGAACGGUGUCAUUCUCUGAUCCUGUAACUAACACAAAUCUACACAAAUUCACAACCACCUUCACUGACACACUCUUUCCUUUCUUCAGUAGUGACUCUCUGAGGAUCUUACCAUUCAAUAGUCAGUAAACGUUACACCUGUAGUUCAGGAUCAACCUGCUCUUUUACUGUUAUCAUGUUUCCAAUAUUUAAUCCAUAUUUUAAUUUGUUCAUCAUGAGACUAAAU